UCCCGCGGCCAUGCAAAAAUCCGAACCAUCAUGCUUACUCUCCUCACUUCACUCACCUGAGUCCUGACCCUGUUCCCCAGCGCCCCCCAGCCCUCUCAUUCCACAGUCCACUCCCCCCCCACCCUGAGUCUGUCUGUAUCGUCGUCUCAUCAUCACCGAAACCAAAAAUCACCAGCAUUACCAUAAAUCAUCAUUCCCCCCUCCAAAUUCCUAUAAUCCCAUUCUCUUCAUCCUCAUCCUAAAAUUCCACCCCACCCCCCCUCCCCUCCAUUAUGACUCCCCUCUUCCUCAUUAACGACGUUUUCUUUUAGAAGAAAACAACAAAAAUUCCUCCCUUAUAAAAACCUCUCCUCUCUUACACUCCAUCAUCUGUUCACUACCAACUUCCAUUUCCCAAUUCCCAAAGCCAGCGCUCCUCUGUCACUUCUUUGUCCUUUCACCAAGUCUUCCAGUGGUUUCCUUUUCUUCUCCUUCUCGUUUCCUGAUUUAGUUCUCUGUAACGUAUAAAAUUCUCAGUUGUUGUGUUAGUGCGUGUGUUUUGUUUCAGCGGUUUGACGUCGUCGUUUUCCUAAAUUAAUUCUAAAAAGAAAAUCCAAAAAAAAAGGAGACAAUGGCGGCCGCUUCCAUGACGAUUUCGGCGCCGGCCUCCCUCUACGUCGGCGACCUCCACCCUGACGUCACCGACGCCCAGCUUUUUGAGGCCUUCUCCGAAUUCAAGUCUCUCACUUCCGUUCGUAUCUGUCGCGACUCCUCCACUGGCCGUUCCCUCUGCUACGGCUACGUCAACUACACCUCUCCCCAGGACGCUUUUUGUGCAAUUGGGGCAAGGAACCAUUCUACAUUAAAUGGUAAAGCAAUAAGGGUUAUGUGGUCACAUCGUGACCCAGAGGCAAGAAAAAGUGGAGUUGGCAAUGUUUUUGUGAAGAAUUUGGGUGACUCUAUUGACAGCGCAAAGCUUCAAGAAAUGUUUAAGCCAUUUGGAAAUAUAUUGUCCUGUAAAGUUGCCAUUGCUGAUGAUGGGAAUAGCAAAGGAUAUGGAUUUGUUCAAUUUGACUCCGAGGAUGCUGCAAAUUCUGCUAUUGAGAAGCUCAAUGGCUCAGUUAUUGAUGACAAAGAAUUGUUCGUUGGUAAGUUUGUCAAAAAGAGUGACCGAGUUUUACUCAAUCCGAAUGCUAAAUAUACAAAUCUUUACAUGAAGAACUUAGACCCUGAAAUCACUGAAGACUACCUCAAUGAAAAAUUCUCUGAGUUUGGGAAAAUUGUUAGCCUGGUCAUCUCAAAGAGUGAAAAUGGGGCUUCAAAAGGUUUUGGUUUUGUGAAUUUCGAGAGUCCACAUGAUGCUAGGCGAGCAAUGGAGGCCAUGAAUGGGUCACAACUUGGCUCGAAUGUACUAUAUGUCGCCAGGGCACAGAAGAAAGCAGAGCGUGAAGAGUUCCUGCGCCGUCAGUUUGAGGAGAGGAAAAGGGAGCGAGUGUUGAAGUAUCAGGGUUCAAAUGUGUAUGUCAAGAACAUAGAUGAUGCAGUAACUGAUGAAGAGCUGCGUGAACACUUCAGUUCAUGUGGCACGAUUACUUCUGCGAAACUUAUGAGGGAUGAUAAAGGAAUCAGCAAGGGCUUUGGAUUUGUUUGCUUCUCCAAUCCCGAGGAGGCUUUCAAUGCUGUGAAUACCUUUCAUGGAUCUAUGUUCCAUAAAAAGCCAUUGUAUGUUGCAAUUGCUCAAAGAAAAGAUGAGAGACAGGCCCAGUUACAGCUACAAUAUGGGCAAAUGGCAGGAAUAGCUGGACCUUCCACUGUUAUUCCAGGUGGAUAUCCACCACUUUACUACCCAGCACCUUCUGUUGUUCCUCCAGUCGCUGGACAAACAGGUCUAAUGUAUCAGCCCAUAGGAAUGAGGCCAGGAUGGAGGCCUAAUAGUUUUACAAAUUCAAGCAGACCUGCUUUCCAACCAGCUCAAGUUCCCUUGAUUCCUAAUGCUCCAAGACAGCAUAGGCAGAACAGAGGAAGGAUGGGUGGGCAUACGCAUCCACAAGGUGGUGGUCAGAGUGUUUCAUAUGUGCCACAUGCACAACAGUCUGGUCAGUUUAUGGCUUCAUCGAGAGAAUCAGGCAAUCAGCAGCGUGCUAAGUACAACCCAACUGGUCGUGUGCGGGAGAUGAAUAAGGCAUCUGCUGUACCUUCUGCUAAUGCAAGUGCUGCUCAACCUGUGCCCAUUGUAUCUGGGCUGGAGGGGUCACAAAUGUUAAGUAGUAUGCUUGCUGCUGCUUCUCCUGAAAAUAGGAAGCAAAUCCUAGGGGAGCGCCUUUUUCCUCUUGUCAACCAGCACAAGCCUGAUCUUGCUGCAAAAGUAACGGGUAUGCUUUUGGAGAUGGACAACUCAGAGCUACUCCUCCUGCUGGAAUCACCAGAAUCACUGGCUGCCAAGGUGGAAGAAGCUGUUGAGGUGCUAAAGCUGUCAAAGUCCAAAGUAUCUAGCAGCCAAGAAGCACUUCAUUCAAAUUACCUCUCCGCUGGGGUUGCUGUUAAUUGAGGCUAAUAGCCUGAUUGAGUGCAGUAAGUUGGAGAAGUUAGAGAGCUUGUGAAUGCUGGAGCUUUGAGUGAGCAAGGUUUUGAGAGUGACUAUUGAUGAAACUCUAUUUCUUUGAUGAAAAUUAGGCCAGCUAUUUUCUUAAAAGGGGCGUAAAAUUGAGAGAAACGUUAUGGAUAGUCUUGUAAAAGUUUUCUUCUUAUAUAGGGAGCUUAACUGAUAACUUGAAGGAGAUUGUUGCAAA